GAAUCUUUGGGUCUCGCAACUCGCAUCAGUUCGAACAAGGUGUACUUGCCACCCGAGAGCAUGUCAAAGGGAAAGGUGCGCGUCGUCUCCGGGUGAAAGAAAUGCGUGCGGCGUUCGUCUGACGUCGAGAGUUUUCGCCACGCUUGCUUCCUUUGCAUUCCCCGGCUUUUAUUCUUUUGGACGUUAUUAAUAUUUUAUAUGUCGGUAUGGAAAGCGUAAAAGAAGUGACGACGCCGGUGAGGAGAUUAUGGAUGAGGAUGACGAAGGCAUGAACGCAGACGGUUUGCGUCCGAACGCUCUGUAUCUUCGUGGCUCGCCCAUUACCCAUCUACCUACGAAUAACAUAUUUGCAUAUGCCCGGCAUUUCAAUAUGGAACCUGUUGGACUCGAGUGGAUCGACGAUCAGUCCUGCGUUCUCGUUUUUCCAACAAACGCUGCUUGUCGAGCUGCUGUCGAGGCUUUCCGUAAGUCGCCCAAGGAACAACCCGACUUUGACGAUUGUGUCUCCGCAAAACCGAUUCCUCUUAUUUUAUGGCCCGCUGAGGACCGUAUCAACAAGACCCUCGGUAUGGCGGAGGGCUUGGAGGGACCACUAUCCAUGCGUGUAGCACGCACGAAUGACAGGAAGAUUCGUGGCGCGAAACAACGCAGUGCUUUCUAUCAAAAGCACGGUAUGGAUGCAGGUAAAGACCCUAAUGCGCAUGCUAUUGGACGAGCGCCGGAGAACGACCUUGCUACAAAGCGUCGCAGAGUACACGAAGAAGAUGACGAAGAGAAGCGCCGCCAGCUUGACGAGGAACUUGAUGAUUUUUUGCGAGCGGAAGACCGUAUUCCAUCACCUCCGCCUUCUCCGCCGUCGAAGAUGCGUUCAGACUAUAUGACAAAUGACGGACACGAAAUAGGAAGAAUAUCGGGUCUUUCGCUUCUUGACCGAACGUCUCUUAUACGCGAGCACUUUAGUGACGAGGAACGUGGGGAACGUCCGUAUCUGCGAAAUGGCCGUCGUCAAGACCAAAGAGGCGGAAGAGGACGGAGACGCAAGGAAUGGGGAGAAAAUAUAUCUGUACCUCCUCUUUCGCGUCGCAGAAUCAAUGAGAACGAUGCCGGUCUAGCGAGUCGAUCGGAGCGACCAAAGAAAACGCUUCAGGAGUUGGAUGAUGAGUUAGAUGCGUUCCUUCAUGGAAAUGAUUGAACACUGUUCACGCCACUGCAUUACCGUCUUUAUUGUUAGCUUGCCUUUAACCAUCUUGCUGCUGAUUUUGUUUGGCGCAGACUUCAUUGUAACUUGAGCCCUACUCAUUUUGUCC